AUGAGCAGUCCUCGUAUUACAACUCCUCGUCAGUAUGGCGGUAGUCAUUUCGGUGCCACGACACACAGGCGCCGUUCUGACAUCCGCAUGCCUCGAUUCUUCAAAAGGCUCUUCAAAUUCCCUCAGAUGGACUUUGAGAUGGCUGUAUGGGAAAUGACACAUCUCUUGAUUGCGCCCAAGAAGGUCUUCAAAUCCAUAUAUUACCAUAAACAGACCCGAAAUACCUGGCAUCGACCCGACCCUUCCUUUACCUACUUGCUGUCCUUCUUCCUCCUGCUCACGUCUUUCGCUUGGUCACUCGCCUACACCCCAUCUGUCGCCGCUGUCAUCAAACUAGCCUUGAUGUUUGUCCUCAUUCACUUCCUUGCAGGCUCUUUGCUGGUGUCAACAUUGGCGUACUACCUGGUAGGGCGCCUCCUCGGGCCAGGAAUCGCAGGACUCCCCGGCCGGAGACGCCAACAAGGACUCUUCGGUCCACCGGGGGGAACAAGAGGUGUUGAGGUUCUGGAGUUCGGCUACUGUUUUGAUGUUUCUAUACGCGCCUUUUUUCCGCCAUAUGUUCUGCUCUACAUUAUUCAAUACAUUCUCAUGCCCGCCAUCAAUCACCAAAACCGCGUCGCGACAUUCUUCGCCAAUCUCCUCUACCUGGCAGCCGGGCUCUACUGGAGCAUGAUCACAUUCCUCGGCUACAACGCAUUGCAUUUCCUUCAUCAUACUCAGCUUCUCCUCUCGCCGAUGUUGGCCUGGAUCAUCAUAUGGCUUGUGUGCACUAUCCUGGGCAUCAAUCUCACGACUCUGGGUACGAGGUGGCUGUUUCUGGGCGUGAAGAGUUGA